UUCAACAACCCCCAAAAAAGGACGCACGAAUCAAGCAUAAGAGAGAGAGACCCAACUUUAACGAAAGAGUAAAAUGAAUAAUGAUGCGAAAAAUCAUGAUUGCGAUGACUUGAAUGUGCGCUCCUCAUCGGCGUAUUUGAAUAAAAAAUCAACCACAAAUACAGCUGCAGCUGCAGCAGCAGCAAAAGCAACAGCAACAGCAGUGACCAACACCAACAGCAACAACAACAACAGUAACCAAAAGCCUAAUAGACAGUUUAACCAUAACUUGCCACGCAUCUCCACAGCAAGGAACUCCAUAGCCGCUGCAAUACUAGCCAGCAACAGCAAGGCCGGCAGUGGCAGUGCCAGGAAGAUAGCAAAGCAUGAGAAUCUGUCGGGAGGAGUGAAAAACAUACCAGCAGCAACAACACCAGCUACAACCAGCAGCGCCACCACCUCCAAGGCACCCUCUUCCAGUUUUUUGGCGGAGCUGAGUCAACUGAAGAAGAAGACGACAUCAGCCACAACCGGUGGUGCCUCAGUCAGUGCCACAACAGCAGGCAGACUUAAAGUUAACAAUAACAAUUCAGCCACUGCCAAUACUAACAACAACAGCAAGAUAAUGUCCGGUACAACAAGCAGCAGCAGCACGCCCACGCCCUCGCCCGCAUCAGCGACGGCCACCUCAACAACCACAACAACAACGAAUGCCGGCAGCUGUGCCACAAGCAGCAGCGGGAGUGGGAAUGGGAAUGCCGCCUUAUCUGUAACUGCCGCCGGUAGUGCAGCCAAGUUUCGUGCUGCCGUUGCCUCAGCGCCCGGACCAUCGCCGGCUGCCGCAGCAACAGCCAAUGCCAAUGCCAAUGCCAACGCCAACGCAACCACGUCCAGCAGCAGCAGCAGCAGCUCGAAGAAGACGCGAGCCACAGUAGACGCCCUCAGGCGACAGGUGGCUAUGCAGCAGCAGCAGCAGAACGCAGCCUCGCCCGCCAACAACAACAAUGCCGCCGGACUGCCUGGAAGCAAGGAUUCAGCGCAUUUAAAAUUCGCCGCAACCACUUUGCUGAUGGGAGCCGCCGCCGCUGCCGUCGAUAGCAACGCUGGCGCUGCUACCGCCGCCGGGGCAUUGAGCAUGGCCCUCAAUCCUGCCGUUGAUGUGGCCAAUGCGGCUGCGGUGCUGAAGCAAACGCUAAAGGAUGCCGCCGCCGCUGCCUCAGCCUCUGCGUCCGCUUCAAACCGAUCUGCCUCGUCGUCCAUGUCCUCGAACGCCUCUUCGCUCUCCUCUUCGGUGGGAAUUGUGAAUGCCAUUUCAUCGGCGUUGCAGAACAUAAUAACACCCGAUACGGACACCGAUACCGAGUUCUAUCCCCAGCCCGUCACCACAGAUCUGUCGGAGUCCGAAGAGGAGUCUGUCUCAGAGAUCCUAUUGGCAUUCUUGUGUUUAAGGCCAGAUCUCCUGGAUGAUAUACCCGAGUCUGAUCCAGAUAGUUGCCCCCACGAAGGAGAGGUGCGCGAGGAUGAGGAUGAGACGGAGGAAGAGUCGGAGGAUUCGGAGGAGUCCGAUGGAGACGAUGAGGAGGAUGAGGAAGAGAUUGAUGUCCUGCAAGAUAACGAUGCAGAUGAUGAGGAAAUCGAUGACGAAGACGAGGAGGAGGAUGCGCCUGAAGUGAGUCCCUUCCUCCUGGAUGCGAACAACAAGCGCUCGAGUAAUCUCACCGCCCUGCUCGAGGCUGCGGCCAAUGAGAAAGCUCCCGUCCUGCGACACGCCACCCACGCCAUCGAUGAGACUAAGCAGGCGCUGACCAAGAUGCGUUGUGCCAACAGUCCGCGCGACAAGAAUGGUUUCUCCCGCUCCCUUGUCGCCGCCUGCACGGAUAACGACGUGAACACGGUGAAGCGACUGCUUUGCAAGGGAAAUGUGAAUCUUAACGAUGCUGCUGCCUCCACCGACGACGGCGAGUCCCUGCUAUCAAUGGCCUGCUCUGCGGGCUACUAUGAAUUGGCACAGGUACUUUUGGCUAUGUCAGCCGCGCAAGUGGAGGACAAAGGCCAAAAGGACUCAACACCUCUAAUGGAAGCCGCUUCAGCCGGUCAUUUGGACAUUGUCAACCUGCUGCUCAGCCACAACGCCGAUGUGAACGCCCAUUGUGCCACCGGAAAUACACCACUGAUGUUUGCUUGCGCAGGCGGUCAGGUGGAAGUUGUGAGGGUACUCUUAAAGCAUGGCGCAAAUGUGGAGGAGCAGAACGAAAACGGACAUACGCCGCUCAUGGAAGCGGCAUCAGCAGGCCACGUGGAAGUAGCAAAGGUGCUACUGGACCAUGGAGCCGGUAUUAACACCCACUCAAACGAGUUCAAGGAGAGUGCCCUCACCCUGGCCUGCUACAAGGGCCACCUGGAUAUGGUGCGUUUCCUGCUGCAAGCCGGUGCCGAUCAGGAGCAUAAAACCGAUGAAAUGCAUACAGCCCUGAUGGAGGCAUCGAUGGACGGCCAUGUUGAGGUGGCGCGACUGCUUCUCGACUCUGGGGCCCAGGUGAAUAUGCCAACCGAUUCGUUUGAGUCGCCCUUAACACUGGCCGCCUGCGGCGGUCAUGUGGAGUUGGCAACGCUGUUGAUAGAGCGUGGGGCCAACAUUGAGGAGGUUAACGAUGAGGGCUAUACGCCGCUUAUGGAGGCGGCCCGGGAGGGGCAUGAGGAAAUGGUUGCUCUGCUGCUUAGCAAGGGCGCGAAUAUCAAUGCCACCACCGAGGAGACACAGGAAACGGCUCUAACUUUGGCCUGUUGCGGAGGGUUCAGCGAGGUCGCGGCAUUCCUCAUCAAAGAAGGCGCCAACCUAGAGCUGGGCGCAUCAACGCCCUUGAUGGAGGCCUCACAGGAGGGGCACACGGAUCUGGUGCGAUUCCUGCUGAAGAACAAAGCCAAUGUGCAUGCCGAGACGCAGACGGGCGACACGGCGCUCACUCAUGCCUGCGAGAAUGGACACACCGAUGCGGCCGGCGUGCUCCUGUCGUAUGGUGCCGAGUUGGAGCACGAAUCCGAGGGCGGACGGACGCCCCUGAUGAAGGCCUGCCGGGCUGGUCAUCUCUGCACCGUCAAGUUCCUCAUACAGAAGGGCGCUAAUGUCAACAAACAGACGACCAGCAAUGAUCACACACCGCUCUCGCUGGCCUGUGCCGGCGGCCAUCAGUCGGUGGUGGAGCUGUUGCUCAAAAACAAUGCCGAUCCCUUCCAUAAGCUGAAGGACAACAGCACCAUGCUGAUCGAGGCCUCCAAGGGUGGGCACACGCGUGUCGUGGAGCUGCUCUUCCGGUAUCCCAACAUCUCGCCCACUGAGCUAGCGGCGGCCUCAAGCGCUGGCCAGGCCCAGGCUGCGGCCGCUGCUGCAGCCGCUGCCGCCGCAGCUGCCGCCGCUGCGGGCACGAAUCAGAUGCGAUUGCAGCAGCAGAAGAUCCUCCAGCAGCAGCUGCAACACCAGCUACAACAGCUCAAUGCCCCGCCCGGCCUCCACGAGCUGUCGGAGGCGGCUCGAGCCUCCAAUCAGCAGCUAUUCCACCAGCAGCAGUUCAAUGCCACCGGCAAUGGUUCGAACAUUGUUGCCCUUGGCACCGGCGAUUUUUUGGACGCUGGCGAACUGCAAUUGACGGCAGCAGCCGCUGCCAGUGCCACUGGAAGCGAAGCAGGAGCCGAGGAAUACGGUGGGGUCUCUGGUGGCGUCGGUGGUAUCGAUCUAACUACUCUGGGAGCCCAGCAACAGGAGGGACUCAUUGCGAAAUCGCGACUGUUUCAUCUACAGCCAGGCUUUGAGCAGCAGCAGCAGCAGCAACAACAGCAGCAGCAACAGCAGCAGCAGCCAGCGGCAGGGCAGAAUCAGCAGCUUGUGCCGUGCAAGCAUUUCGAUCUGGAUAUGGAGCACAUCAAUUCGCUGCAGCCGCCACAGAAGGCACCGCCAGCGCCGCCUGUGCUGUUCCACACGAUUUGCCAACAACCUGUGCUGCAUAUGCAGCAGCAACACGGGGAACAGCAGCAACAACAGCAGCAACAACAGCAGCAACAGCAGCAGCACCAGCUACAACUGCAUGCCCAGUCGAAGUUGAAGGGGGCGCUGCCCGGCAGGAAUCGUCCGCUCAAGAGCGAAGUGCUGGGCAUCAUCGAGUGUCCGUUGGAUCAUCUGAACGAGCAGGUACGCUCCCAGCCACUGGGAGAAGACGGCAAAUCGCAGCAGCCGCAGUUCUCAUGCACGGGCGAGGAUCCACGUUUGCAGCGACGACGGGGCUUCAUGCCGGACCUCAAAAAGGGGGAGCUCCCUCCAGGAGAAGGCGGCAGUGACACCAACGAACAGUUGCCUGUGAAAGGAGGAGCCGAAAGCAAUCAGCCCGCACAGACGACAACGCAGACUUCAGCAAUGGACAACAGUGGCGUGACAUCCUGUUCGCAUCCCAUAUAUCCACCGCGACCUGGUGGACCCAUUACACAGAUUUCGGAUGUUCUCCAGAGCACAGCCAUUAGCGAUAGGCCGAAGGUCAAGGCCACCAACAAGAACAACCGAAAGCAGGCAGCCGCCGCAGCGGCAGCAGCAGCCGCAGCAGCAGCCGCCGCAGCAGUGGCAGCCCAGCAUGCGCUACCCAAUCUCCAGCAGAAUCAAAUGGUGUCCAUCUACAACAAUUUGCAAAUGCAGCAGACGCAUCUGCAAUUGCAGCAACAUCUGCAGUUGCAUCACCAGCGUGUGGCCUUGGACAAUGCAGCCGCAGCAGCAGCAGCCGUCGCAACUAAUCCAAAUCUCUACACAAAUUCCCCGGCCUCACCGCUGGCCUCGCCCACAGGAGGUGGCAACGGCAACGGCAACGGCAGCGGCAACUAUUCCGAACAGCAGCAGCCAACUCAGCAGCAGCAGCAUCCAGGAGGAGCAACCAUUGAUGUGGCCAUGCAGCGAAAGACAGCCAUGGAAGACUUUCGUGGUCUGCUGGAGACAGCUGUGAAUGGAUCGCGGGGCAGGAAUGAAUUGGCCAUGACUUCGCCACCGUUGAACUUCUUCAAGGACGGCUGGCACAUGGUGGGAGUGCACAAUUUCUUUGGCGAUCAGCCAAAGUCACCCACCGAAACGCCGCCUGAGAUGGAGGAGACGACCAUGUCGCCGCCGCAAUCAUCAUCGGAGCAGCAGCAGCAGCAGCACCACCACCACCACCAUCAGCACCAGGACGAGGACCCGCAGCGUCCCGAAAUGAAGAAUCUAGCCACACUUUGUUCAGCAGCAGCAGCGGCCGCUGCUGUGGCAGCAGGCCACAAGGAUGAAGAUGACCUCAGUACAGAUCAAUACAGUGAUGAGGACGAUGCUAUGGGCGAUGAGAAUACGAUGCCGCCAGAGCCGAUGGAUUUGGCUGAAGCGUUGCGCGAGGAUGGCAUCACUUUGGUGGAGGCCGAUGAGGAGGAGGAUGACGAGGAUGAGCCCGAGGACAGCAACAGCGGGGAGAUUGAGAAGCUCACCUACGACGACGACGACGACGAAGAAGAUGAUGAUGAUGAUGAUGCGGAUAUGGAUCCAGAUGGGGAUGCAGAUGGCGAUGUUGAUUAUAUUGAUGACGAUGAGGGCCCUGCCGAUGAGGAGGACGAGGACGAAGACGAUGAUGAGUUCUUUCUGGAUGUGGCCGUCAAUGAAAACACUGGAAAUAUCAAUAAUAAUAAUAUUAAUAACAACAACAACAAUUCGAAGAGCAGCGGCGGUGGCGGCGGUGGCGCUGCUGCCUCCUCCGGUUCAUUGCCACUAAAGCAACGGAAAAUGGCCACACGAUUGGAGAAUCUGAUUCUAACCAAACCAGAGAUCUUCCAGCAGACGCUGUGCGAUUUCCGUCAAGAUAUGACCAACUCGGAGCUGGUCCAUGUCCUGCCACAGAUUAGCAAUCUCAAGGCGGCCGCCGCCAACAAUGCGGCAUUGAACAGUGUGCUGCACCAGCAAUUGGCAGCAGCCACAGCAGCCGCACAGGCCAAGGCGGCAGCACUGCACCAUCAGCAUCAGCAUGGAGCAGAUGGCGACCAGCAGCAGCAUUGCGAUGAUGAAGGAUGCGCUGGGGUGGCCAGUGAUCUAUACUCGGGUCUGGAGCAGUUUGCCAACGAUGGGGAAAUGGAGGACAUAUUCCAGGAGCUGGCCAGCAGCUUGAACUACCCCGAGUUGGCCGAAUUCAGCCUGAAUCAGAUGUGCAAGGGUAGAUUCGCGGGCCAAUGGGCGACGUCGUCGUCGGGCAAGUGGACAACGGGCCAGGAUGGUCAGCUUGUGGGUGUGGUACGCUCUGGGGAUGGAAUGCCCCAGGAUGCGGCUGCUGCACAGCGUCAGGCGAAUCUUGUUGUAUUGGAUUAUCCAAUGCAACAGAAUAUACUGGAGGCCGAGGAGCAUAUGCACAUGCAGCAACACCAGCAGACUCCUUUGUCCCUGCUACCCUUUGCCACGGACGAUCAGCAACAGCAGCAGCUACAUCCGGCCGCCGCCGCGGAGUUCCACCAGCAGCAACAGCUCGCCUUGGAGGCUGAUCCCGAACUGAAGCAACAGCUGCAGCAGUACUCGAAUGCGCGCAUCAUCAAGGCGGUGGCUGCCCAGCAGCAGCACCAGCAGCAACCGGCCCCCAACUUUGUCUACAACGUGGAGAGCGGCGACAAGAAUGCACCGCCCGUGCAGCUGCUCUUCCAGCUGCCACCAAACAUGUCUCAGGAGGCUGGCGAUCAUCAGUUGCAUGUCGAGCAGCAGGCGCAUCUCUUCCAGCAGCAGCAACAGCAGCAGCAUCGGGCAGCCGGACAGCGUCCCCCCACCCGGACUGAACUGGAGCAGGUGGCCCAGGAACUGCUGCUGCAGAGGCAGACAGCUCCGGCUGGCCAGCAGGCACUGCCACCCAAGCAGAAGCACUUUAAUUUGCAAGAGCAGGUGCAUCUGCACCAGCCCCCGAACAUGCAGGCGCCCACCUGUGUCCAACAUCAGGUUGGAACGCAGACGCAUCCUGCCUCGGUUAUGGUACCCCAAUCCGCCGUUGGCCAGUAUGCCCAGUUUGCCCUGCAACCGCCCCAGCAGCAACAACAGCUGCAGCAGCAGCAGCAGCAGCAACAACAACAACUGCAGCCCGGACAACCGGAGAAUGAGCUCUCCAUUUGGCCGAUGGCCACGCCCACACCGACACCCAGCACUGGAGGCAAGUCGAUGCCAGGAGGCAUUGCAAAGAAGGCCAUUGACAAGCAAUCGCGCAAGGAUCGACGCUGCUCAACCUUCCGUCAAACGCCAGCAGGCAGUCAAGUGAAUACCAAUCAGCAUCAACAGCCAACAGCAGCGGCCGCGGCCGCCCAACAGCAGGCGCAGCUGCAGAAUCAACUGGCUGUGGCUGCUGCAGCCACAGCGAGCGUUGAUAAAACGAUUGAGAUUGAUUCGGAGACCGAGUCGAACCAUGACACAGCCCUCACACUCGCCUGUGCCGGCGGUCACGAGGAGUUGGUCGAGCUGUUGAUCAAUCGCGGUGCGAAUAUCGAGCAUCGGGACAAGAAGGGAUUCACACCGCUCAUCUUGGCCGCCACCGCUGGCCACGAGAAGGUCGUGGACAUACUGCUGAAGCAUAGCGCCGAGCUGGAGGCCCAGUCGGAGCGCACCAAGGACACGCCGCUGUCGCUCGCCUGCUCGGGCGGACGGUACGAGGUCGUCGAACUGCUGCUCAGUGUCGGGGCCAACAAGGAGCAUCGCAAUGUCUCCGAUUACACGCCGCUCAGUCUGGCAGCUAGCGGGGGAUAUGUGAAUAUCAUCAAGCUGCUGCUCAACCAUGGGGCAGAGAUCAACUCGCGCACCGGCAGCAAGCUGGGCAUCUCCCCGCUCAUGCUGGCCGCCAUGAAUGGCCACACGGCGGCGGUUAAGCUGCUGCUCGACCAGGGCUCCGAUAUAAAUGCUCAAAUCGAGACAAAUCGCAAUACGGCCCUAACGCUGGCCUGCUUCCAGGGCCGGCACGAGGUCGUCAGCCUGCUGCUCGAUCGCCGGGCCAAUGUGGAGCAUCGGGCAAAGACCGGUUUGACGCCUCUGAUGGAAGCCGCCUCCGGUGGAUACAUUGAGGUGGGACGCGUGCUGCUCGACAAGGGAGCGGACGUGAAUGCAGCGCCGGUGCCCACGUCCAGGGACACGGCCCUCACCAUUGCCGCCGACAAGGGCCAUCAGAAGUUUGUGGAGCUCCUGCUGUCGCGUGGGGCCAGUGUGGAGGUGAAGAACAAGAAGGGUAACUCCCCCCUAUGGCUGGCUGCCCACGGGGGUCACCUGAGUGUCGUGGAGCUCUUGUACGAUCACAAUGCGGACAUUGAUUCGCAGGAUAACCGAAGGGUGUCCUGCCUGAUGGCCGCCUUCCGCAAGGGCCACACCAAGAUCGUCAAAUGGAUGGUGCAGUAUGUGUCGCAGUUCCCCUCGGACCAGGAGAUGAUACGCUUCAUUGGCACCAUCAGUGACAAGGAGCUGAUCGACAAGUGCUACGACUGCAUGAAGAUCCUGCGCAGUGCCAAGGAGGCCCAGGCCGUCAAGGCCAACAAGAAUGCCUCGAUUCUGCUCGAAGAACUCGAUCUGGAACGCACCCGCGAGGAGAGCCGCAAGGCAGCCGCCGCCCGGCGGCGCGAGCGCAAGAAGAAAAAGAAGAUGGAGAAGAAGGAGGAGAAACGCCGACAGCAACAGGGCGGUCGCGGUGGUGGCGGUGACCAGCAGGGCGAUGACGAUGAUGCCAGUGACAAGGAUGAUGAUUCCGACAAAGAUGACGACGAUGAAGACGUUAGAGCCGAACGGACAGGAGCCGGCGGUGGCUCAGGGGCACGUGAGGAGGGUGACUCUGGCAUUGAUCAGGGAUCCUGUUCGAGCGGCGACACCAAGACCACGGCCAACAGAACAACCACGGCCGGUCAAACAGUAGCAGCAUCUAAGGCCGAAGCCAGCAACAGCCAACUGGUGAAGAAAAGCAAGAAGCAGCCAAAGAGCAAGAGCACUACAGUAUCGGCGUCGGCGUCGGCUGUUGAAUCAUCAACGCCUGCCACAGCUACAGCCACAGCUCCAGCUGCUUCAGCUACUUCUCUGACAGCCGCGCCUCCUGCCUCUGCCACACCUGCACCGGCAGCAGCAGCAGCACCCGCAACCGUAUUCAAGAGCAGCCUCUUGAAGAAACAUCCGAUCACCGAGAGUGUUAGGCUGCCGCCUACUCCGGUCCAGGUUCAAACUCAGACUCAGGCCCAGGCUACGCCAGUCCAAGCAGCUCCAGUGAAGCGUCAGGUGGAGGUUUCCAAGAAAGAGGAGCUGCCCCUGAAGAAGAAGGAGACCAGCAGCAACAGCAGUUCCUCCGCUAACAACAAGCGCGAGAAGGAGAACCUCGCGCCCAAGGAGUCAACGGCCCAACAGACGGCAACAAAGCAACAAUCCACAAGCAGCGCCGCUGCCCCCAAACUGCAGAGCAGCGAAUCAUCCACCAAUAUAGCGAGCAGCAACCGCAAAGAGAGUGCCACAAAGCCAUUGACAUUUAGUGUCGGUGCCAGCCUGAACCCCAGCGUGAAGCGCAGCGAAGUCGACGGCUGGAAGGAAGUGGUGCGCAAGAGCAGCACACAGCAGGUGGCAGGAAGUGGUGGUGGUGCCCCAGUGACGGUGACGGCCGCCAGUUCGGCCACCAGCCUGCAUGGUGGUGCCCAUCAUCUGCAUCUUGCCAACAGCUCGACAAGUGUAGGCUCCCUGACGACCAUAACGACAUCGAUAGCCCCCGAGAUGACCUGCAAGAAGGUGCAGGUGCCGGUCAAUGCCAUUUCCCGUGUGAUUGGCCGCGGCGGAAGCAACAUCAAUGCCAUACGCGCCACCACCGGGGCCCAUAUCGAGGUGGAGAAGCAGGGGAAGAACCAGUCGGAGCGAUGCAUUACGAUCAAGGGAUUGACGGAUGCCACCAAGCAGGCGCACAUGCUCAUCCUGGCCCUGAUCAAGGAUCCCGAUGUGGACAUCCUGCAAAUGUUGCCGCGCAUUAACAGCAGCAUCAAGGCGGCCGCCUCCGCAGGCGCGGCAGCAGCAGCCCCCAUGACAGUCGGCACUUGGGAUAAUCGUACGGCUGCCGGUGUUUCGGCAGCCCCCUCGGCCAGUACCUUCUCCUCGGCGGCAUCCACCACAUCUACGUCGUCCAGCUCAUCGGCCAGCUCCACCACAGCGACGGGCGCCGCCUACAGCAAUGCACACAAGCUUCAGCAGCCGUCAUCGAAGGCACAAAGUGGACGGGUCUCGUCAUCCGCCAAAGCAAAUGGCGGCGGCAGCAAGGCUUCCUCGCUCUCGACCUCUGGCUCUCGCGGACAGAACGGCCGGGGUGGAUAUGCAGGACAGCAGGCGACCUCCAGUCGGGGAGGAGGAGGAGGAGGUACCUCCUCCAAUGGUGUGCUCUUAAAGAGCAGCAAGGAGAGCUCGGCCAAAUCGCUGCCAGGCACACAGAAAAACAGCAGCAGCUCCUCUGGAGCUACCGCUGCUGCUGUGGGCAAGCCGUCGUCCACGCUGACGGCCCAAAACUUUGCCAAGGCAGCGGCCAUUGCCGCUCAUUCAUCACCCAAGAAGGUGGACACUGGGGCGGCGGCUGCAGCGGGUUCGGUCAUUGCAUCCACUGGCGGACGUAGCAGUGGUGUGGUGGCACCCUUUGGUCGUGGAAAACCCGUAACCGGCGCCACAGGAGCAAACGUUUCGCAGCUGGGAAGCGCCGCAACCAGCAACAUAUUGGCUGGACCAAUUGGCACCUUCAACGUGGCAGAUGUGGCGGCGGUGAAUGCCGCCGCGGCAGUGGCGGCCGCUGGAACGGUUGGAACCACAGCCAACAGCAGCAGCACCAACACCAGCAGCAAUGUGAAACCCAUUGCCCCGCCAAACAAGAGAAUCGGAUCCCCCACACAGCAGCAGCAACAGCAGCAGCAGCAAUCCCAGGCAACAGCACCUCAACCUUCAGCAGGUCCUGGACUGCUGCAGCAACACCCACAGCAGCAGGGGCAGCAGCAGCAGCAGUCACCACAACAGCAACAACAGCAACAGGCACAGGCGGCAACAUCCCAACAGAAUCUGGUGAUCAACACCAACAUGCUGAUGGCCGAUCUGAUGGCAGCCAACACCGCAAGCGAUAGCUUCAGUGCACAGCUGGCUGCCAAGCUCUCGAGUGCCUAUUCUUUGUUCAGCGACUACCAGACCUCCCAAUGGGGGAAACUAGAUCAAGGAACAGCCGGUGGGGCUGUGGGGGAUGGCCUGCCGCAGGCUGAUGCCUCCAAGGCGCCUGGCUACAACAGGAAUAUAUUGAGCUCUCCCGUCGGCAGUUCCAAGGCCUCGUCGAAUCAUUCGACCUCGCCACCGGUGGGCAAUGUGGUCCAGCAACAGCCACAGGCACAGGCACAGCCCGGACAAGGACAGAACAACAAUCAGCAGCAGCAGCAGCAACAACAACAGCAGCAGAGUGUGCAGCAGGCACUGAACAUAAUCACCAGUGGAGCGCCAUCAACAGCGCCAGCCAGGUCGCCGUUGGUGACAGCCGGAGAGGGAAAUCCCGCGAGCGUUGGACCCUCGAUUAAUGGCGAGGCGGCAGCUGGUGCCGCACACUCACCGGGAGUAAUCAAGCCGCCGCCGGGCACGGUUCCCAUCCAGAGACACGUCCCCAUGCAGAUCUCUGCACCGGAAGCGCCGCCCGCUACGAGUGGAAUCAAUUUCGGGGCCAUUGGCUCGAAUGCUGGCGGAAGCAGUGCAGCGGCAGCCGCUGCAGCCAUGAUCGAUCGCCAGCAGCAGAAUCUGCAGAGACUUAUCUACGACAAGGUGGGUGCGUCGCAGCAGCAGCAGCAGCAGCAACAACAGCAACAGCAACAGCAGCAGCCGCUCAACUAUCCGAUGGAUCCCUCGGCGUCGCACUACAUUGUGGACAGCAACAACAUGCUGCGGCUUAAUCCACGCGCCUCCGUCUUCACACAGGGUAAUAAGCAGCAGCAGCAGCAGCAGCAGGCACCCAGCGUCGGCGGUGGCGGCAUGAAUCAGCCACCAAUCAAUCAAGGUGCUGGCCAGCAGUCGAACAUGUUCGGCAACCAGAUCCGGCAGCCACCGGGAGCGGCACGCCAGCCCGGCGGACCGUCGGCCACCGCUGCGCCACAGCGCUGGUAUGGCGGGGCUCUGGACUAUCCCUCGUAUUCCGGACGCGAUAUGCUGCAUCUGGAGAACGGAGGAGUCAUGGCUGGACUGGGCUCGCCCUCUGCCAUGUCACCCAACCACGAUGACAUACGCAAGAUGCCGCGACCAAUCGGCACCGAGCGGGCCGCCUCCUGGAAGUUCAACAACUUCAAUGUAGCCGCCUCUGCACUGAGCAUGGACGAUGUAUUGCCGCCGUGGGCGCACGAGCCCAAGGCUCAGCCGCCGGGUCUACAGCAGCCGCCUCCACCCCAAUCGCAGCAGCAGCCGCCCAAUUGGUUGAAGCAACAGCAGCAGCAGCAACAACAACAACAGCAACAACAGCAGCAGCAAUACAGGCCCUACAACAAUGGACCAUAUCCGCAGCAGCAGCAGCACGAGCCGAUGAAUAUGCCCAUGGAUUACCACAACAUGCAGGCACCACCGAAUAUGGGUCAACAGCAGCAGCAGCAGCACCAUAUCAACUUGAUGCAAUCCUAUGGCUUCCAGCAUUUUGCUGGGGCCCCUGGAGCUGCUGAUAUUGCGGCUCACAUGCCCGACAAGAUGGAAGUGUGGGAUCACCACGAUAAACAUAUGCCCUGGACUAACUACACCACCAAUUGGUCGAACUGAUGUCUGGGGGAUCUUCAGCAGGAGGAUCUCUUCGAUAUCUGUCGUUCAACCAAAUGAAUCGAACAGCUAUGAGUGAGAACUAAUCCUAAAAUUGAAAGGAUGAAACAACAGUAACAACAGCAGCAACAAUGUAGCAGCAGGAGCAGGAGCAGCAGCAUCUACCUGAUAUUUCAAACAAAUGCAAAGCAAGAUAAUAUUAAAUUGAAUUUCCAACGUUUCCCACACGCGGAUCCACUGCUUCAAAUCUUCAUUCAGUCAACGGAUCAAUCAUACAACGUCCUAAUUCAAUCGAAAAACUCAAACGAAGACUCGGGAUCUGAAACUUGGCUUUGUUUAUUAUUUUUUUUUGAUUUCAAAUUAUUCUUUUUACUUCUUCCUUCCGGCCACUAUUAAAAUUCGCAGGUUAUCUAAAAUUUGGUAAUACGAUCAUCAGGCAGAUAAAAGGAGAUAGAAGAUAGAAAAUAGAAAAACAAAACGUUGUGCAUAAAUGAAAAAGAAGGAAAAUACUAUUCAAAAAAAGGCACCCAAAAAGGGCGCAAUAUACUUUAUUUAUUUUUUUAAUGUACGAGCUAUUUUGAUCAUUUUUGAAACAAAGCAUGAAGUUAGCCUACAACUUAGCGGAACCCCAGCCCAUGGCUAUAUCAUUUUGUAUGAUGAGAACACACACACAAAACACACAAAAAAACUGGAAAGAAAGAUAUUUGGAAAGCUUCAAACACACAUACCCACAUCCAAAACAUACAAAAACCACAAUUUAAUUUUAAGCUUAACUUAGAAAAGUCGGUCUUAUGAAUGAAAGAUUUAAGUGAAUUUUUUUAGCGCCAGCUAAAGCACACACACACACACAACAUAUAUUACACUUAUACAUAAAUACAUCUAUCUAUACAUAUUUAAUAACAUUAAUAAAAGCAACAAAUGAAUGCCGAAA